UAUCAACCACAGCCGUCUCUAAUGCCUCCCCCUUCAGCUUCCUGGCUCAACGCUUCCAGUAAAGAGUGGGCUGUGUUUCCUUUAUCAAACUACAACAGCGCACUACAAAGGGAAGUCUGCUGCCGCAUCGCUCGCAUGUACACCAUUCACAAUAUUGCCUGAAGUCCACAGAUAUUUUGGCACGGAGAAUGUCAAAGGUUGUCCGAUAGAGCAUUUCUUCACAAAAGAUGAUUUGUAAAGAGCGUUUACCAAGAGUCGCUCGCUUCCCUUUCAUUCUUGUGCUCAUUCUCACGCCGUCUUUUACCUUUGCAAAUGAUACUGGUACGGAGGAUGAAGAGGAUGAAUGUUUAUCUGAAGAUGAGUACUAUGCAGAAGUUUUUCAUAAGAACACUUCUGAGCUUGUGAAGUUUUGCUGUCCAGAACUGUCCAUUGACAUAGAAUGCAAAUCCCAUCAACUCCAACCGUCUAUGAACUUCACCUGUAUUAUGAACAUGAAAAAUCACCUCCGCUGUUUUUGGAGUAUAACCAAUCUUAAUAAGAAUGCAGUGUACUCAGCUGACAUAACCUGUCAGAAUUCACACCAGAUCUUAAGUUGUUCCCAAAUCGUGGAAAAAGACGCUGUUGAAUGCAACGGCCAUGUAACGCAGGAAGACUUCAUAUUGAAAGUCAAUAUUUCUCUUCCAACGCUCUCGUACAGAAUUAGGAAGACGUUUCACACAGGCGAUAUAGUAAAGCCCGAGCCGCCAGACAACAUAAUGAUUUCAAACAAUCUAACGAAAUUAGAAAUCAACUGGACACAUUCGGAAGAAAACAGGUUUUCUGAGAACCCUAUAUGUUAUAAGUAUGAGUUAAAGAUCAACGAUGAGGUGGUCACUUUGCCAGAUGUCCAGUCGAGUUACAUUAAGCAAGACGUAGACGUGACGAGGACGUAUGCCAUUCAAGUCCGAGUUAAGCAAACUAUGGCCUGUGGUAAUAGCAUUUACUGGAGUGACUGGAGCAGCGUUCGCAAGGUCGGACCAUUUGAAAACAAGUACCGUGUGAAUCCAUGGGCGAUAACAGUCAUUGCUUUGGUUCUUCCGAUGCUUCUUUUGGCCGUCCUGUUGCUCUGCAAGUGUCAAAGGCUCCCAAAAAAGCUUUUUCCCCCCAUCCCCGGCCCGUCUGUAAACGUACAAAACCUUCUCGAUAAAGACAACUACAUCCAGGAUUUGUCUAGCAGAUGUGUUCACCAUGACACUGAGGUGGUACACACGGUAGAGGAAAGAAAUGCUUAGAUCACGUCUGAGAGAUCACACCGGGAUCCAGAUAACAGUUCUGAAACGAUGGAGAAAAGAAAUAUAAACGUUUGCACACAAGAGAGAAGGAUCAACAUGAAUCCUCUGUGGAUUUAUCUGUGAGAUUAAAACAAAUGUUAAAUUAAAUUACACAUACAUUUUAGUUGAUGUCAUUUGUCUGUUUAAACAGACCUGGUUUCAUAUUUUUUAAUCCUGUUUAGGCUUUAAACAGCCUACAAAUAAAUCCAGCACAUUUUUUGUGUAUUUUGUUGUAUUUAAGGCUUUGUUUGCUAAGGCUUUUUUAUUUAAAUGAUUUGUGAAUACAUCGUACAGCUUCUGCUAUUUUGUAAAAAAAUAAUAAAUCAAUAUAAAUACAUGUUUAAAACAAUUUAAAAAAAGAAUAUUAUUCAAAGCUACUCACGCAUGACCAGCUUCAGAAUAAUUCAGCGGGAACAACCGCAGCAUCAGCUCAACCAAUAGCGCGACUUCGGGGCGGGACUAUCAGUCUAGCCAACCAAUGGUAAUGCUGGCAGCACAGAAAUAACACUGAAAUGCUAUGAGGGACUUUCCAAAACAAUGAUCUCAUUGCGCUUCGGUUCUGUUUUCUGUGGUUUACGGACUUUUUAACCCUAAUUCAAAUAAACCUUAUUUUCUGAUAGUAACAUGCGCAAGCAUGCGUGGAAUAAUUCACAAAAAUAUACACAUGACAAGGGACAAUUUCCAAAAGUGAUGCGUCUUUGCCUUUUAUUCAAAUGUAGUAUAACAAAUGCAUCUUGUGUAGUUGUGUUUGGAUAUAAAGCUCAGCUCUGAGAAGAAUUUGAGGAGGUUUCGCAAAAAACGUCUUCGUUUUUGUUCCACAGAAAAAUGAAGACAUUUACAUUUAGGCAUUUAGCAGACGCUGUUAUCCAAAGAGUGAAACAUACAGUACAAGAGUCAUUUAAUCAAUCAGGUUUCGGGUGAAUAAACAGUGACAGAAUCUGUAUUUUUGGGUAAACUAUUCCUUUAAUGUGGGUAAGAUGUGUUAUAGUCUAGUUUAAAGAGUUGUUUGUGUUGUUAUAAUAACUAAUUUCUACAAAUAGAAGUUUAAAUGAAAAAAAAAUGAAAAAUGUAUUGUCUGUUGUCUCUGUUAUGCCACAAUAAAAGCGUGUUGCACAGCAUGAGUCAAAUGAAUAUCUGCUCUGUAGUUUUAUUUGCAUAUGAGGGUGGUCUUCUUUUUAGAAGUAUGCAGAAGAAUUCACUGAAAAGUGUCUCAUUGCUCUCUAGUAAUCAAUCUAAAGUGUGAUUUUGGAAUGAAUCGGCUGUGAUGUUGAAUGACGUUGUCCAUAAACUUGAUGAAGUUCG